AUGUUUGCUCUAGCGGAAACCCGUCGGACGCGUGGCACUGCACACGCAGAGGAUUCAGAUGGACAGCAGGGUUCUCUUGGCGCCCUUGUGUCUCAAGGUCCCUCCUCAUCGUCCUCAAUCUCGUCACUUUUAGACUCAUUGGAUGCGUCAGACUCGGCUGCAGUGGAAGCGGCAGUAGAGGCAGUUCGCGCUUCUGGCGCGCUUCUUUCAUCUCGCCGGGUCUGCCUUCAUACGACGAUUGGAGAUAUACACCUAGAACUUUACUGGUGUCACGCGCCGCGGGCUUGCAUCAACUUCUUUCUUCUUGCAAAGACGGGAUGCUACGAUGGAACAGUUUUCCACAGAGUCUGCCAGGGGAGGUGGGCGCAAGGAGGAGAUCCAACGGGAACCGGAAGGGGGGGAGUUUCUAUUUUCGGAAAGUCAUUUGUGGAUGAAAUACAUCCAGAACUACGCCACACAGGCGCAGGUGUACUGACGAUGGCAAAUCAUGGACCCAACACCAAUACUUCGCAGUUCAUUCUACUGCUUGGGCCGGCCCCCACGUUAGACGGGAAAAGCACCAUCUUUGGAAGAGUAUGCGGUGGCAUCCAUACUCUUAAGAAACUAUCAUUGGUUCAGACUACCAAGACGGACAGACCGCUGCAUGAUGUCAAGAUCAUCAGGGCUUCUGUAGCGGAGUCAGCAGACUGA